GUGUAUGUUCCUGGAAACAUGGCGGCCAGCUUCCGCGGCCGUCCUAUCCGGAGUCUUCGGAUGCGAGGGCGGAAUGACAGCGGGGAGGAGAACGUACCGCUGGAUCUGAGUAGAGAACCAUCAGAAAACUUCCGGGAAAUUCUUCAAAAUGUGGCUAAACCACACGGAGUUAGCAACAUGCGAAAACUGGGCCACCUGAACAACUUCAUAAAGCUCCUGUGCAGUGUUGGUCACCAUGAGGAGCAAUUUGGGUUUACAUACGAAGAAAUCAUCAUUUGUCUGCGACUGGCUUUGCUGAAUGAAGCAAAGGAAGUGCGUGCUGCGGGUUUGCGAGCACUUCGUUACCUCAUUAGAGACACAUGUGUGCUUCAAAAGGUCCUCAGACUACAGGUGGAUUAUUUGAUAUCCAGAUGCAUUGAUAUCCAACAGAGCAAUGAGGGGGAGAGAACUCAGGCUCUGCGUCUGGUUCGCAAGAUUAUCAGCGUCAAUGCGAUGCUGUUCCCCACUUCCAUCACAAACUCUCUAAUAGCCAUUGGCACAGAUGGACUACAGGAGAGAGACAGAAUGGUCCGUGCUGCUAUCGCCAUUGUGUGCGAGCUGGCCUUGAAGAACCCGGAGGUGGUCGCCAAACGUGGAGGUCUCAGCACGAUUUUAAAAAGUGUGAUCGACUGUCAGCUUAGUCGCAUCAAUGAAGCACUGAUCACCACCAUCCUCCAUCUGCUCAACCACCCGUGUACCCGGCAGUAUGUCCGCACGGACGUUGAGCUUGAGCAAAUCCUUGCACCUUUCACCGACUUUCACUAUCGGCACAAUGCAGACACAGCUGAAGGGCAAAUCAAGGAGGAUAGGGAGGCCCGUUUCUUAUCGAGCAGAAUGGCAAUAGUUGCUGCCUUCCGUUCCUGGUCUGGGAUUAUUAACCUCUGCAAAGAUGAAAACUCUGGGAUUCAGUCUUUGAUUGGAUUACUUUGCAUACCAAAUAUGGAAGUUCGGAAAGGCCUGUUGGAGGUGUUUUAUGAAAUAUUCAGGCUCCCCAUUCCCAUUGCAACCCAAGAUUUUGCUGAAGCUCUCCAAAGUGUUGACCCUGCCAGGUUCCAGGACACCUGGAGACUGUCUGAUGGGUUUGUUGCUGCUGAAGCUAAAGUCGUCCUUCUUCAUCGGGCCCGCUCAAGGCCUGAUCUGAUGGACAACUACCUGGCGUUUGUUCUUUCAGCCUUCAUCAGCAGCGGGCUGUUGGAGGGCUUGGUGGAAGUGGUGACCAGCAGUGAUGACCAGCUUUCUAUCAGAGCCACCAUCCUCCUUGGAGAUCUUCUACAUAUGGCAAACACCAUUCUCCCUCACUCCCACAGUCACCACCUUCACUGCCUCCCAACUCUCAUCAACAUGGCGGCCUCGUUUGACAUCCCCCAAGAGAAACGACUUCGUGCGAGUGCAGCAGUGAACAAUCUGAAGCGCUUUCACGAGUGGAAGAAGAAAGGUUUGAAGCCGUACAGUCUUUACCUGGAUCACAUCAUUCGCAAGUCCGUGUUGACGCACAACCGCAGAGAUUCCCACUCACGAGUCCAAAAAGACAUCUAUGUGAUAAAGGACGCAGAAGAAGCACUGAUGCUGAACCUGAGAGACAGUCAGAUUCUCAACCACAAGCAGAACCUGGAGUGGAACUGGCUGCUUAUAGCCACCAUCCUUAAAUGGCCAAAUGUUAACCUUAGGAACAACAAAGAUGAACAGAUGCACAAGUUUGUUCGAAGGCUGCUGUAUUUUUAUAAACCCAGUAGUAAAUUGUACGCAGGGUUAGCAUUGGACCACCCAAAUGCUCGACAGCUCACUGUGGUUGGCUGUCAGUUUGUGGAGUUCCUCUUGGACUCAGAUGAGGACGGUCAGGGUUACCUGGAGGAUCUAGUACGAGACAUGGUGUCAUGGCUGUCCUCCUGUUCGGGACUGAAGCCCGACCGCUGUUUGCAGAGCAACGGCUUACUCACCACACUAAGCCAGCACUACUUCCUCUUCCUUGGGACUCUCUCUCCUCACCCACAGGGAGUCAAACUACUAGAGAAAUGUGGCCUGUUUCAAUGCCUGCUGAAUUUGUGCUCCAUAAAGAACCAGGAUGCUCUGCUAAAGCUCGCUGUAACCACAUUGGACUACAGCCGAGACGGUCUGGCCAGAGUGAUCCUCUCUAAGGUCCUCACUGCAGCUACUGACACGUGCAGGCUGUAUGCCACCAAGCACCUGCGUGUCCUCCUGCGCGCGGGCGUGGAGUUCUUCAGCAGCUGGGGCAUGGAGCUGCUGGUCACGCAGCUUCACGACCACAGCAAGGUGGUUUCCAUAGAGGCUCUGGACAUACUGGACGAGGCGUGUGAGGACAAGGCCAACCUUCAUGCUUUGAUCCAGCUGAAGCCCGCUGUGUCCCACCUGGGAGACAAAGGUCUCUUGCUGCUCCUCAGGUUCCUGUCCAUUCCCAAAGGUUUCUCCUACCUCAACGAGAGGGGUUAUGUCAGCAAACAGCUGGAUAAAUGGCAGAAGGAGUACAACCUUAAGUAUGUGGACUUGAUAGAGGAGCAGCUCAAUGAAGCACUGACAACUUACCGCAAACCUGUCGAUGGAGACAACUAUGUUAGACGCAGCAACCAAAGGUUACAAAGACCAAAUGUCUAUCUGCCUGUGCACUUGUACGGUCAGCUUGUCCAUGAUAAGACGGGCUGUCAUCUGUUAGAGGCCCAGAAUGUGGUUCCAGACCUCAGCUACACAAUCCGCUCCCCGAUGCUGGACACCUGGGAAGGAAUUAAACAGCUGAAAGCGUCUCUCUGGGCUCUGGGUAACAUUGGCUCUUCAAACUGGGGCUUGAAUCUCCUGCAGGAGGAGAAUGUCAUUCCUGAUAUCCUGGUGCUGGCGCAGCACUGUGAGGUUUUGUCAGUGCGAGGUACUUGUAUUUAUGUGCUCGGAGUGAUUUCCAAGACCAAGCAGGGCUGCGAGGUGCUGAAGCAGUACGGUUGGGAUGCGGUCAGACACAGUCGCAGGACACUGUGGCCCGUCACUCCAGACGAGGUUGACACGCAGCUGAUUUCUGAGCUUUCAUCUGUUCCGAGCACGCUCAGUCUGAACUCUGAGUCCACCAGUUCGCGCCACAAUAGCGAGAGUGAGUCUCAGCCAAACAUGUACAUCCCGGAUGAUGACAAGUGUGAUUCUCUGGACCUGUCGGAUGAGCCCUGUCUGUAUUUUCACUCCAAACCAAUCAAGGAUCGCAGCCCUUUUACGAUCCUGGCUUCCACGCGCUUCGUUCGCCCCCGAUUCCUCAACUCUCUGUCCCUCCCCAGCAAGAAACCCAGAUCCACCAGUGACCCAAAGACCCUGUCAGGCUCUCGCACCCCAAUGGAGCUCAUGACAGGCAGCAUGAGGCGGACUAGGACAGUGACAGAACCUUCAGCCUACAGUCCAAACCAGGGAGACGGCUUCUCGUCUGUGUUUAAUGGCAGAGCAAUGCCAAAGAGUCCAACGGUUAGUCUGGAGACGUCUUUUGUUGGGACCAAAGGGGACUCUGAGGAGCAUCUUGUGGCCAACAGGCUGGCAAGAGGAGGAUGCUCUGGCCUCGGACUCGGUGGUCUUGUUGGACACGGACCGGUGGAGCCCCACAGCCGAGAAAAGGAGCAGAGCAGCCGAGAGCGUUUAGCAGGAGAUGGCAGCUCUUCUUCUAGUGCCGGCAAUGUUGUCGGGGGAGGAGGGGGUGGUGGGGGCACUCAAUUCAAAAGCCGCAGCCAGAGCUUUAACACGGACACCACAACAAGCGGCAUCAGCUCCAUGAGCUCCAGCCCCUCACGGGAGACCGUUGGAAACCCCGAGCAUCCGGAGCCGGAGCCCGACUCCUCUGACUGCGUGAGCCUCAACACCGUCGUCUCUGCCAAGACGGUCAAAACCAUCUCCUCCCUGUCCCCCCAGCCACAGACCAACCACAUGUCCACCUCAUACAAGUCCUCCAACGUCUCCCUGGUACCCCCGGGCUCCUCGCACACUCUGCCCCGCCGGGCCCAGUCUCUCAAAUCUCCCUCGGUGACCACCAUCAAGAGCCUGGCUGACUGCAGCUUCAUGUACACCAGCCCUAGAGAUGCGCUGGGCUACGCCACACUGAAGAGGCUGCAGCAGCAGAGGAUACACCCGUCUUUGUCCCACAGUGAGGCGCUGGCCUCACCUGCUAAGGAUGUGCUCUUCACCGACACGAUCACCAUGAAAACCGGCAGCCUGGACUCCAGAUUAACACCUCGCAGGAUAUCAGAUAGGAGGCGCACCUGUCCAGAACCCACCACCAUAAGUCCGUACCGCAGGCUGUCCAGAACACUUGUACCGCGCCUCUCGCCCCAGAUCCUCUCACGCACCUCUCCGCUCGCCCUCCCUAGGUUCCUGAAAGCUCUGAGCUUCGCUUCUUUAGACAAAGAGGAACUUCUCAGCCCCAUCAACCAAAGCACUCUGCAGCGCUGCUCUUCAGUGCGCUCUAUGGUCUCCAGUGUCACCUUUGGGUGUAACGAUGAUUAUAUCGGCCUUGCGCUGCCAAUGAACAUCAACGAUAUUUUCCACAUCCGGGACGCAGCCUACUUCCAGCAAAGGGUCAGCCCACCGUCAGAGGAGAGGAAGCGCUUCCUUUUUGGAGAUGGAGACGGGGAUCGACCUGCUCUCCCACUGCUGAAGCAGCAGUUUAGCAUCUCCGAGUUGAUCGUGUGCCGAGGUGACACCCAGAACCACAUGGUGGGUGCAGAGGAGACGGGCCUGCAGGAGCACACUGAAGAAAACUGCCUCUAUUGUGUGGGUUCCAUCGUCCUCGGUUACCCCACACAGCCACAGAUCAACAGCACCCACCCUCGGACAGAUUAUGUGGACUUCCAAUCAUGGGGAGGUCAGAGUGGUCAUCGCUUGGAGGUGAUGCCUCAGUCGAAGUUCUCUGGGGUGUCUGGCUGCAGUGAUGCUGCUGUGUCACAGGGCUCCAUGUCCAGCACUCCCACAGCCAAUGACAUUGUCAUCGGUGGAAAGGCGAUAUCAGAGGACGGCCCUGCCUCUAGAGUAUUGCUGAGGAAGGAGGUGCUUCGCCUCAUCAUCAACCUCAGCUCCUCAGUUGGAACCAAAGGCCAUGAAACUGGACUUCUGACAAUUAAAGAGAAGUUUCCGUAUGCUUUCGACGACAUUUGCCUCUACUCCGAGGUCUCACAUCUCUUGUCCCACUGUAUGUUCCGCCUGACCUCAAGACGUUUCAUACAAGAACUCUUCCAGGAUGUGCAAUUUAUGCCAAUGUACGAGGAAGCAGAGGCAAUCUUGACAAAACUACCAAAACCUGGUGAGGAGGAUCUAAACCCUCCUGCAGAAUCUUGAUCCUUCUGCUUGUGCCCCUUUGUGUUUCUUGCACAGCUGCAGUCCAAUCUCCUUACAAACAUGGAUGGACUGCAAAACUUAAAGCUCCUUGCACAGGAGGUUGUUUGGUGUGCUUCUGUUGCCUAAAACAGAGUAACAUGGCCAAGGAAAAGGAGGACGCACUCAUCACUCAAGUUCCCUCCAGCACAUUUGAGCUGGAAACAAAAAAUGCCAGUAUCUGGAAACAACUGUAACACACCUAACACUGUUUAGACUCCUUUUUAAAAAACAAAACAACAACAAAAAAACAGCAAGAAGCAGUUUAUCCAAUACUGUUUUCACUUGAAUUGCCAAUCUUGAGGAGUACUCAAAAGUACACCAACAUUCUGCUAAAGGACAAGCUCAAUAGACAACUCAAGUUAUGUUCAGAAAUCACUUUAAGGUGAAGCAUUUUCUCUGUAUUGCUUUUAAAAUUAGCAUGUUGUCACGUCGACCUGCGAUUUAUUCUGACCUUGCAUCACACUACACAGAAUCUUGUUUUUAAAAACCUAACUGCGCUAGGUCGCGUCCUCAUUCUGACUUCUGAUCCGUUCCCACCAAAUACGUGCUUUCGCCUCUCGCCUCACCCCCAACUACAACCUGUAGCCUCUUGUCAGCACAGACAGCUCAUUACCUUUCUAUUUCUCCUCUCUCAGACAAUCAAACAUCUCUAGUAUUGUAUUUUCUAAAGCAUUAUAUCUACCACUUUUACUCAGUACAUAAUGAGAGUAGCAUGUAAUCUAAUGCUAGUUUAUUCCAUCCACCACUGUUUUACUAGGACCUUUAAUAUGUUUUUUUUUCUGCCAUUCAGAUUUUAGCGAGCUUCACAGAAAUGUAGGUUUUCAAGAAUGCUCUGUUUUUUAAGUUAUUUGUAAAAUAAUUACAGAUCCAGAACCAAACCUCUCAGAUAUUUCCUGCAUCUGCUCUUCACAAUGCCUUCUGACCCGUGUGCUUCACCUCUACUGCAUGUUCAACAAGCAUGGCAAAGUUGUAAAGUCACCUUAAUGUAUUUCUUGCUUGUGAAACCUUUUUUUUUUUCUUUUUAAACAAAAAAAUUGGUUGCCAUUGCAUUCUGCCAUACAUUUUAGAAAUAUGAUGAGCCCUGGAUCUUUUUUCCCCAAUCCAGUAUGACACUUUGUGAUUGGGUGGGAAGGAGGACAAAGGAGGAGAAGGUGCGAUGUAGUGCAGUGUGACGACUGAAAGAUAAUGUAAAGGGUUUCCAGGGAAACUUGGUUCUCUGUUUCCAUUGGCUUGUUUUUGCUCUAAUGCUGCUACAAAAAAAAGGACUCGUAGAGAGAUGAUUCAUAGAUCAGCUGAGUGACCUCAGAUCCGAUCUAUUUAUUAUAUGUCUGUACCAUAGUGAGCUCAACCAGAGAAGAAAAAAAAUAUUUAUAUUUUUCCUCAAGACUGUAUUAUAAUUUAAGACUUUUUUUUUUGCCUGAUUCGUGGUUUCCCUUGUAUAAUGUGUACAGUAUGUUUUCGGGGGUGUUGAUGACCUAAAGAAACAUACAAUCCUAUCAAAGGGAUGCAUUGUUAAUAAAACAAAAUUUGAAAUACCCAGAA